UUACAUCCAAACGAGCAACUGACUGCAGCGCCACCAGCAGAGACUUAAAAAAGUCUCACCACUUAUCGGUUGUUUAGCUGUGGAAGCCGGCUGACAAUCCUAACCUUAAAAUUAUGCCUUCUUUUACCGUGGAUUAGGAUUUUUUCGAUCGAAGAACGUCGAUCAAAGCUGAGGAUAAAAUGAGCGUCAAGAUACGCACCGAGCUGUGCAAAAGGAUCAAAGGAUCUUUGGGAAAUACUCAGCCACCCGAGGCUGUGAACGCUGUUCUUUCUUACCUGGAUUUGAGGCGGGACAAUUCAAGCGGCGACUUUAUCGUCUCAUUACCGUUGAGAACUAGGGAAUAUGAUGCGAGGAGUUCGGCUGAUAAUAUCGUUUCGCUAAAGCCUGACGGUGUGUUUACUGAGGUCCGACCGAACGAAAAUAGAUUAGACAAUGUACUGUUUCGUUUGAACAGGGAUCGCUGCGUCAGGGAGAUUCUGGAGAAUGAUCCAAAGACAGUUACGAUACCUGGGAUCGACGACGUAGGGAAAAAGAUCAUUGUCGAGUUCAGUUCUCCUAACAUUGCAAAGCCCUUUCAUGUCGGUCAUUUGCGCUCUACCAUCAUUGGAAACUACGUCGCAAAUAUCAAUAAUUUCAUGCGCAACGAUGUCAGGAGGAUUAAUUACCUCGGGGAUUGGGGAACCCAGUUUGGGUUUGUUCAGCUCGGUAUUAAUUUGCUCAAUGUGGCCGAUGAGAAGAUGAAACAGGAGCCGAUCAAGCUGCUCUAUGAUGCUUAUGUUCAUGCUAAUAAACUUGCCAUAACUGAUCCGUCGAUAGCUGAGAGAGCAAGAGAAAUCUUCAAUGAUUUAGAAUCUGGGAAUGCAAGGGAUAUAGGGAAGUGGGAAACGUUCAGGCAAUUCACUGUCGACGAGCUAACGGCGACCUACCAAAGACUCGGCGUCAAAUUCGACGAGUACAAUUGGGAGUCUACUUAUAAUGCUAAAAAUAUAUCACAGAUCAUAUCGCUCAUGGAAUCGCAAGGUCUCCUCAUCACUGACAGCGAAUGCAGAAAGGUGGUUUCUCUUCACGAGAAGCGCCAAGUACCAAUAAUCAAAAGUGAUGGAUCAACGCUGUACUUAACAAGAGACAUAGCGGCAGCUGUGGACAGAUUUGACAGAUACAAAUUUGACGCCAUGUAUUACGUCGUUGAUACUGCCCAGAACGAGCACUUCGCCACUUUGAUUAAAAUACUAGAAAAAAUGAAAUUUCCCUGGGCGGACAGACUCACGCACUUAAAGUUUGGCAGGAUCAAAGGCAUGAGCACCAGAAAGGGUUCGGCUGUGUUUCUGAAAGAUAUUUUAGACGAGACUCAAGCAGUGAUGAGGGAAAAUCAGAUUCAGUCACCGACCACCAAAGUAUCGCUCGAUUCUUCCGACAAGUCUACAGACAUUUUGGGUAUAUCUGCCGUGAUUAUAAACGAUUUGAAACAGAGAAGAUCAAAGGAUUAUAAUUUCGACUGGAACACAGCAUUGGACAUUAAAGGAGAUACCGGGGUAAAAAUGCAGUACGUUCACUGCAGGCUGAAGAGCCUGGAGGAAAAUUCCGGAGCGAAGUUGCCGACCGAAUGUGAUCCGUCGCUUUUGCGAGAGCAGAUUGUUGAAGAGCUCAUUGUUCAAAUUGGCAGAUUUGAUCAGGCAGUUAUUAAGUCCCACCGAGAACUGGAGCCUUGCAUUCUGGUCAAUUAUCUUUUCGGACUUAGCCACGCCGUAAACAAGGGACUCAAGGAGAUCAGGGUCAAAGGUGAACCGGACGACGUAGCCUCUCAAAGACUGCUGGUCUUUUACGCAGCGAAAAGAGUUCUCGCUCAGGGCAUGAAGCUGCUGGGACUACAGCCGCUGGAUAAAAUGUAACACGAAUAACUAUGAUAAUUCGACAAAUGUACAAAGUAGAUAGUAGAUAAUUAAGUAAAAGAAAUUUACAACAA